AUGUCAUCAACUUCUGAGAAGGACACCAAAACCCAGGGCGUCAUCGACCCCUCGAUCGAGGUCGAAUAUGUCAGCGAUCCCGAGAGGAGCGGCUUUGACCAAGCCGCUACCAAGAGGCUGUUGCGCAAGAUGGACUGGGCUCUCAUCCCCUUCCUCGCUCUGCUGUAUUUGCUGUCCUUCCUGGACCGUACCAACAUCGGAAACGCUCGUCUUGCCGGAAUUGAGACCGACUUGGGCAUGAAGGGUCUCGACUACAAUGUUGCACUCUCCGUCUUCUUCCCCUGGUACGUGGCCGCUGAGAUCCCCUCCAACUUGGCCAUGAAGCGUUUCCGCCCCUCCAUCUGGAUUCCCUCCAUCAUGAUUGCCUGGGGCAUCUGCUGCACCCUAAUGGGUCUCGUUCACAACUACGCUGGUCUCCUGGCUGCGCGCAUGGCUCUCGGUCUUGCUGAGGGUGGUCUGUUCCCCGGCAUUACUUACUACAUCACAAUGUGGUACCGUCGUCACGAGUGCGGUUUCCGUAUGGCCAUUUUCUUCUCCGCUGCUACCGCGGCCGGCGCCUUCGGAGGUCUUCUCGCUCGCGGCAUCGUCGAGAUGAAAGGCGUCGGCGGCAAGCCUGGCUGGGCCUGGAUCUUCAUUCUCGAGGGCAUCAUCACUCUCGCUGUUGCCGUUGCUGCAUUCUUUAUCAUGAACGACUACCCCGCUACCGCGAAGUUCCUCACCGCCGCCGAGAAGGAGGAAGUCACCCGCCGCCUCGAACAGGACCGUUCCGCUCUCGCCGACGAGUUUGACAUGGCUUACUUCUGGGAUGCGCUUAAGGACUGGAAGAUCUGGGUUCACAUGCUCAUCACCAUCGGGAUUUACACGCCCUUGUACUCCUACUCUCUCUUCCUCCCGACUAUUGUUCAGGGUCUGGGUUACACCAACAACACUGCUCAGCUCAUGACCGUCCCUCCUUACGUCGUGGCGUGCGUCUGCUGUAUCAGCGGAGGCUGGUUGGCUGAUCGUCACCGACAGAGAGGUAUCUACAUGAUCUUCUUCUGCGCUAUUGGCAUCAUCGGCUUCAUCAUGCUUCUCGCUUCUCAGAGCAACGGUGUCAAAUACGCCGGUUGCUUCUUUGCUGCCUCUGGCAUUUACCCUAACGUGCCCCAGGGUGUUGCCUGGAACGGCAACAACAUUGGCGGCUCUGUCAAGCGAGGUGUCGGUAUCGCCAUGCACGUUGGCUUCGGCAACCUCGGCGGUGCCAUCGCCGGUUUCCUGUACCAGGCCAAGGACAAGCCUCACUACUACCCGGGACACGGCACCCUCCUCUCGACCAUGACGAUGUCCAUGAUUCUCUCCACGUUCAUGACUAUCUACCUGCGCCGCGAGAACGCCCGCCGAGACCGCGAGUACAAGGACCCGAGUCAGUACACCGCUGAGGAGAAGGCUGCCGAGCGGACCAAGGGUGACAACGCCACCUUCUUCCGUUACACCGUUUGA